UUCAGGUCCGCAUGGGAGGGGGCUUGGACCUGGGCCUCCCCUGUGGGGAAGGGGACGCAGCCGUGACCUUCUUCUCUCUCUCACCUGCAGGAGGACGGAUGCAGGAAAGAGGCGCCGCCCGAGAGGAGGAGGAAGAGGAGAGCGGCGGGGAAAGGCCGGGGGGCUCUGGGGCUGCAGGCAGGAGGAGCCCAGGGGGAGCCCGGGAAAGGCAGCUGCCUGGAGGGCGAUGCGGAGAGGAGGAAACGGGCGGAGACCCCGAGACAGGCCUGGAGGGCGGAGGUUCCUUUGAAAGAUCCCGAAAGCCCCGAAGGAUCCAGGAGGAAGAAAAUGAACAUCAGUGCCCAGAAUGUUGUAAAACCUUCAAAAGAAAAGGAAACCUUCAAAGCCACCUAAUUAUCCACACAGGAGAGAAACCUCAUAAGUGCCUGGAGUGUGGAAAGAGCUUUGGUGAUAGGAGCACCCUCUAUAGACAUCAAAAAAUCCACUCAGGAGAAAAACCACAUAAAUGCCUUGAGUGUGGAAAGAGAUUCAGUCAGAGGGGACAUCUUUAUAGACAUCAAAGGAUCCACUCAGGAGAAAAACCUCAUAAAUGCCUGGAAUGUGGAAAGAGCUUCAGUCAGAGGGGACAUCUUUAUACACAUCAAAGAAUCCACACAGGAGGGAAACCUCAUAAGUGCCUGGAGUGUGGAAAGAGAUUCAGUCAGAGGGGAUAUCUUUAUAGACAUCAAAGAAUCCACUCAGGAGUAAAACCUCAUAAAUGCCUUGAGUGUGGAAAGCGAUUCAGUCAGAGGGGACAUCUUUAUAGACAUCAAAGGAUCCACUCAGGAGAAAAACCUAAGUGCCUGGAAUGUGGAAAGAGCUUCAGUCGCAGCAGCAGCCUUUAUACACAUCAAAGGAUCCACUCAGGAGAAAAACCUCAUAAGUGCCUGGAGUGUGGAAAGAGCUUCAGUAAGAGGGGACAUCUUUAUACACAUCAAAGAAUCCACUCAGGAGAAAAACCUCAUAAAUGCCUGGAGUGUGGAAAGAGCUUCAGUCAGAGGGGACAUCUUUAUGUACAUCAAAGGAUCCACACAGGUGAAAAACCACAUAACUGCUUGGAGUGUGGAAAGAGCUUCAAUCAGUUGGGAAACCUUUAUACACAUCAAAGGAUCCACACAGGUGAAAAACCACAUAACUGCUUGGAGUGUGGAAAGAGCUUCAAUCAGUUGGGAAACCUUUAUACACAUCAAAGGAUCCACACAGGAGAAAAACCUCAUAAAUGCCUGGAGUGUGGAAAGCGCUUCAGUAAGAGGGGACAUCUUUAUACACAUCAAAGGAUCCACACAGGAGAGAAACCUCAUAAGUGCCUUGAGUGUGGAAAGAGAUUCAGUCUGAAGGGAAAUCUUUAUAUACAUCAAAGGAUCCACACAGGAGAAAAACCUCAUAAAUGCCUGGAAUGUGGAAAGAGCUUCAGUCAGUUGGGAAACCUUUAUACACAUCAAAGGAUCCACACAGGAGAAAAACCUCAUAAAUGCCUUGAGUGUGGAAAGAGCUUCAGUCAUAGCAGCGCCCUUUAUACACAUCAAAGGAUCCAUUCAGGGGGGGAACCAUAUAAAUGCCUGGAAUGUGGAAAGAGUUUUAGAUACAAGAGAAGCCUUAAUAGGCAUUAAAGAAUCCAUUCGUUAGUGGAACCAGUUGAAGUCCUAAUGUAUGAAAAGACAUUCAAUCACACUGGAAACUUUUAUAAACAUCAAAGGAGCCACACAAGAGAGAAACCACAUAAAUGCCUGGUAAGAAAGGUAAUAAAAUCCAAUUAACGCUUUCACUUUUAAUAAAUUUAAUAUAUUUUUUUCUUUUAAUAAAUUCCUUUAGUCUUCCAAGGCCAUGCCCAGGGUCCCAGGCCUGAGUUUGACUGGGGAUUGAGUUGAAAUGCGAGUUGGAAACAGUGUGGGCAGUUGAACGGUUUUUCUACCAAAUUGGGCUAGUUUUGCAGAUUUGUUGCAGGAAAAAGUUUGACCUCUGUGGGUUCCAAUUUGGAGGCUAUUUUGGAUUAUUUUUAAAGCACUGUACAGAUAGUCCUUGACGUACAACUAUUUGCUAAGUGACUUAGUGAAGUUAUAGCAACACUGAAAAAAGUGGCCUUGACCAGUUUUCACACUUACGACUGUUCCAGCAUCCCUGUGGUCAUGUGGUCAAAAUCCAGGCGUUUAGUCACUGGCACGUAUUUAUGACGGCUGCGCUGUCCCAGGGUCACAUCAUCAGCAUUUGUAACCUUCCCAGCUGGUGUCCCACAAACGCAUUGGAGGAUUCCCAUAACAACUUCACAACUCACUUCACAACUGUAGGAUAUGACCUCCCAAUUAUGGCAAAAAAUGGGGUGCAGCAACUGUCAAGAACAGAAAUUUUUGUCUCAAUUCUGAUUGUAGAUCUAGUUAGUACUACCUGUACAGUUUGGGGGCAAUAUAUCCAACCGUCAUGAACGAUAACCGCAAAAUACAUCCCAGAGACAGUAAGAGGAUUAAGUCAGCCAGGCCCUCCCCCCCAGCUGCCUUGCCAGCCCCUCCACAGACCCCCCCCCCACACAUACACAUACACACACACACAUGGAUUCAUCUUCUCCUUUCUCAUCCCUCCUCCUUUCUGAAGGGCCCCUUUGGAAAACUGCAGCAGAGGGGGAAAUAACCUCCAAUACUGACCCCUGCAUAUUUGGAUUUUUCAACUUUUUUUGAGCCCUUGGAUGCUCCAUUUGACACACACAUAUAUAUUUUCCUCCUCCACCCCCUCCCCAUUUGGAGGGGGCUCCUGCUGCUGCUGCCCAGGCCAGUGUGCCCUGCGAUGUAGCCCUCCACCCACGGACUGGCACCUUUUAAAUGGCUAACUUAAAAUGACAUAUUAGCCCUUUUAA